UCAUGUCCAGGGUAAUGAAAGAACUCUGUGCUUUACUGAAAAUCAAACAGCUGAGAACCUCGGUCUACCACCCCCAGACGGACGGCCUAGUCGAACGUUUUAACAAGACACUAAAGUCCAUGCUGCGGAAGGCGGUUGGGGAAGAUGGGCGCAACUGGGAUCAGCUGUUACCAUACAUAUUGUUUGCGGUGAGAGAGGUACCUCAGUCUUCUACUGGUUUUUCACCCUUUGAGCUCUUACUUUCCUACAGACCCAGAGGACUGCUCGACAUCGCCAAGGAGGCCUGGGAGGAGCAGCCAUGCCAACAGCGGACACUGAUCGAGCAUGUCGGGGCCAUGAGGGAGAGAAUGAAGGCCAUCUAUCCCAUGAUGCGCGAACACCUGUCCAGUCAGCGACAACAGCAAGCCUCCUACAACAGAUCUGCUCAACCCAGAGAGUUUGAGCCGGGGGACAGUGUGCUGGUCCUGGUACCAACCGUUGAGUGUAAAUUCCUGGCAACCUGGCAAGGACCAUAUGAGGUCAUUGAACGCAUGGGAGAAGUAAACUACAAGAGACCAAGGAACCGGCGCGAGAUGAGGUUCAGCUGGGUCCAAAUCUGUCCCCACAUCAACGACAGAUGGCCCUGGAACUCGUGGAUUGGAACCAGGAUGUCUUCUCCUCCCUUCCCGGUCACACAGAAGUGGUCCAACAUGAGAUCCGCACCCUGCCUGGCCGAACGGGAAGCAGGACUCACAGCGAACCCGAAGAAGUGCAAGCUGGCCUUCAGCGAGACGAACUACCUGGGGUACACCAUUGGGCGGGGGUUGGUCAAACCACAGGAAGCCAAACUACAGGCCAUACAGGACUGGCCACGGCCCAUCACCAAGAAGCAAUGGAACCCUGCGGCGGAGGCGGCUUUUGCCAACCUGAAGCUGAAGCUGAGUAAACUCCCCAGAGCUAGCAGCACAACAAUGCGGACGCCCUCUCCCGGCGUGAUGCCGUCUUCUCUGCCUUUGCCCCGACGAGGACGUCGGUCUCGAGGAGGGGGAUAUGUGACGUCACGAGAGGCUGUGUCCUGGACGGAUGUUACAUCCCCCUGA